CUGAUAACUCCAGUAUUCACAACAUCGAUUCCAUACGUGACGCAGGCACCAACUCCAUCGCAACGCUCGUUGGUUACAGAAUCUCCACUUAACGGUGAGUAUUCACGCGUUACACAGCCGUCUGUAAUUAAUUCUGCAACGCAUUUUUAUGUUAUCUCCUCUCCAACGUCUGUGCGACCCUUUUUAACACAUUUUUUGCAUACGACAUCUUCAUCGUCUACAGUUUUGGAUAAUUUUAAUGUAAAAGAUAUCAAACACCAACCAUCCAGUGUUAACAGAGAACGCAGCUCUCACAAAGUUGAUGUUAAUGAUGAUGAUGACCAAGAUGAUGAUAAUGUUGAUGAUAGUAACUCUGAUGAAUCAAAUGAGCAACCACGACAGUGGACAUUAAAACCUGUCGUACCGUACCGUAAAACGACGCUUGUUAAUACUCCAUCAUUAUCAUUUCAUAGCACUGUUUCCCCUUUGAAUCGUAAACCGUGGAAUGAAAAUGUUCCGCACUUGUUCAGCAAUUAUCGUACUCAAGGAACACCACUGCUACCGGUGAUAAAGCAUGUGACAAAACACUAUCGUUUGCCGCAAUCACCAACACCUUCACCUUAUACACGUAACUUAUACCCGAAAAUUUCAUCUAAUUCAACUUUAAUUGUCAACGCACCGCAACUUUUACCACGCUUUAAUGAGACAACAAAGCUGUAUCGAUCGGCUGCAGCCAAAUAUGGCAAAAAAAGACCGACGGCAGCUGGUGAAAAUAGACGAAAAAGCGAUGGUAAAAUUGUGUCCAGUUACGGGAAAAGUGGAAAAAAAAUUCACAGUGAAACUGUUGUUGCACCCAGCAUGUCGGUAACACCACCAGCAAAUCGGUGGCGAUCACGUUAUAUGCCUUCGUUGUCAAGUACACCAACACCGAUACGAAGACCAAAUUUACCCAAACCACAUGUAUCGUCAUCGCAUGGAUCGCUGAACCCUGUUGAUUAUCCCUAUAGGGUUACGUCAAACCCAGUUGUAUAUGAUCCAACUUAUUUUGAAGAUCUCUGGUUCGAUCUAAUAACGACACCAGCAGUCUUCUAUAAAGCAGACAGUUCAGUACGAACGACGCUCAUUUCUGACUUGGAGCGAUCAUUUGUUACCGUUGGUCCAACCAGAAGAAUACUACUUACAACAACAACAGCAAAACCAAGAGCUGAAGCUGGUGCUGGAGCAAGAUCAGGAGCAGCAGCGGCAACGAGAUCACCACCAUCAUUACCACAAACACCACCGACAGCUUUAACAACAAAACAACAGUUUUUAAAGUUUACAGGUGGACUUCGUAGAUACCAAACUACGAAAGCACCUGUAACAUUGAGAAGGCAUACAGUAACUAAAACAGCGAAAACCUACGGUAAGUGCUUGAGUAGAUCGUGUUGA